CCGAUGAGGAUGGUAGUGCAGCCGUUGCUCCAUCCAAGAAAAAAUCAAAUGGAACUGAUAUUAAAAUGAAAGCUAAUGAUGAAAGUGAAGAAACCCGUUCAGAAGAUAGUGAAGAUAAGGAGCCACAAAAGAAGACCAUUAAGAAGAGUAGUUCUGAAGACUCAUGCAUCUUCUGAGUUCAGUGAGGAGGAAGAAGAAGAGCCUUCAAAGACUCCAAAGAAGGCUAAGGAUGUUAAAAUGGUUGAUGCAACUAGUAUGACUCAGAGUGAAAAGAGAGCUCCUAAGACACCAGCCACCCUCAACGCACCAGAGCAGGAAUCAAAACCUAUCUUCAUUGGAAAUUUGUCAUGGUCAAUUCAAAAUGCUCAUGUUGAAGAUUUCUUUAAAGAUGUUGGAGAGAUAAAAGAAGUUUGUUUUGCUUCCUCCGAUGAUGGGACUUUCAAGGGUUAUGGGCAUGUUGAGUUUACCACUUGUGAGGCUGCUACCAAGGCUCUGGAACUAAAUGGUCAACAAUGGUUGGGCCGCGAUGUGAGACUCGACCUAGCAUGAGAGAGAGGUGCUUUUACUCCCAAAAGUGAUUACCACAGUGGGAAACGUGGAAAUUCUUUCCAGAAACAAAGUAGUGGUGAAGGUACAACUAUAUUUGUCACGGGCUUUGACACAAAUGAUGAAGAAGAUCAGCUAAGGAGUGCUCUCGAUGAUCAUUUUGGUGGUUGUGGAAAAAUCAUAUGCACGAGACUUCCAACCAACCCCGAUGGAUCUGUUAAAGGGCUCGGAUACAUUGAGUUUACUGACAAUGAUGCGAUGACCAAAGCCCUGGAACUCAACUGGUCCUCUUUAGGAGGCAGCACCUUGAAAGUGGUAGAAGCUAGGCCAAGG